ACGUGCGGCUUGUGGGCGGUUCUCACAAUGCGGGACGGGUGGAAGUUUACUAUAACGGUACAUGGGGAACAGUUUGUGAUGACAGUUGGGACAUAAACGAUGCUCGUGUUGUCUGCAGACAGCUUGGUUUCCAAGAUGCAGUGGCAGCUUACCAAGGUCGUAAUGUUCUCGAUGGAACUGGACAAAUAUGGCUUGACAAUGUUUGUUGUGGAGGUCAUGAGUCAGCGCUAUUUUCAUGCAGACAUUCUGGCUGGGGAACUCACAACUGUGGUCACCAUGAAGAUGCUGGUGUUCGCUGUAACGCCACUGGAG